UCUUAGCUUUUAUAAGAAGUUGAAGUAAUGGGUGAAGAAUAGAUACAAAAUUAAUUGGUUUCCUAAAAAUGGCAACAUCUCUGCUAAUUCCUUCUCUCUCCUCCGCCUCUUUCUUUCAUAAAACCAACUCCAAAUUCUACGCCUUUACUUCUAAACCGAUCUUCAAAACCUUCAGAAUCAGAGCCAUCCAACAAAAAACUGAAGAAUUAGAACAACCACCUUCCUCUUCUACUUCUGCUGAGGAAAUUACUAAGAAGUAUGGCCUUGAAGCUGGUAUUUGGCAGAUAUUCAGCUCAAAGGAGGAAGGAAAGGUGGAAGGCGAGGAGAAGAAAUCAAAGGGGGAUCAAGCAAAGGAACUGCUAGCCAAAUAUGGAGGAGCAUACCUAGCCACCUCUAUCACUCUCUCUUUGAUCUCCUUCUCACUCUGCUAUGCUCUAAUUGCUGCAGGAAUUGAUGUUCAAGCUUUGCUACAAAAGGUGGGAAUAUCAACUGAUGCAACCGGGCAAAAAGUGGGGACAUUUGCUUUGGCGUAUGCUGCACACAAGGCUGCAUCUCCAAUAAGGUUUCCUCCAACAGUAGCACUCACUCCAAUUGUUGCUAGUUGGAUUGGAAAGAAAGUUGAAAAGGAUAAAUAGCUUGCUUAUAUCCCACCAUGCUUAACAUGUAUUAUACAUCUUUUGUUCAUUCUUUACCCUUCCUUUUCUUCCAUUUACUCUCUCUGGUAUUUCUUCCAUAUUAAUGAAAAUUUUGUUUAAAUAAUA